CUCUUAACAAUAACCAUGUCGACCAAUUACUUCAAAUUCAUUGCGUUCAUCUGGUUUCUCAAUCAAAAUGCGCUUCAAAUCUCAACAGCUUCCGUCGUUUCUACCGGAGAUUUUAACAAGGACUUCUUCGUCUCCUGGUCCCCUAGCCAUGUAAACACUUCUGCAGAUGGCUUAUCAAGAAGCUUGAAGCUCGACCAAGAAUCUGGGUCUGCUUUUGAUUCAAAUCAAAUGUUCUUAUUCGGACAAAUAGAUAUGGAAAUCAAGCUAGUACCAGGAGAUUCUGCUGGCACAGUUCUGGCCUUUUAUUUGGCCUCGGAUCAACCUAACAGAGAUGAAUUGGACUUUGAAUUCCUGGGAAAUGUGAGUGGCCAACCUUACAUUCUUCAAACUAAUGUUUUUGCCGACGGGUUUGACGACCGUGAAGAGAGAAUUUAUCUGUGGUUUGAUCCAACCGCCGACUUUCAUACAUACUCUGUGCUCUGGAAUCUUCACCAAAUUGUUUUCAUGGUGGAUAAUAAACCUAUCAGAACGUACAGAAACCAUGCAGACAAAGGAGUGGCAUAUCCACGAUGGCAACCGAUGAGCAUAAAGGCCAGCUUAUGGAAUGGAGACAGCUGGGCGACACGCGGUGGAAAGGACAAAACCGAUUGGUCGAAAGCACCCUUCAUUGCCUCGUUCAGAAACUACAAGACUGACGCCUGCGUUUGGAAUGGAAAUCCGAGGUUUUGCAGGGCGGAUAGCUCGGAUAAUUGGUGGAACAAAGAGAGAUACAGCAGUCUUGAUCGUGAUCAGAAACGAUGGUUCAAAUGGGUGAGGAAAUACCACAUGAUUUAUGAUUACUGCCUGGAUAACCAGAGAUUCCAAAACAAUCUUCCCAAGGAAUGCUCUCUUCCCAAAUAUUGAUUUUGAUUUAUAUAUACGGAGGAUUCAUCCAAUUUCCAUUUCAAUUUUUUCCUUAUGUUAUUAUUUUUAUUUUUUAUUGUUUCUUUAUGUUAUAAAUAUGUGUAAA